AUGGGUGACGACUCUUUGGGGAGAAAAGUGAUUGCCUUCAGUUCAUGCCGCCUGCCAGCGUCUCACCAAAUCAACCACCGCCAGUUAUUGGAAUAUUUGAAGUACACACUGGAACAGUGUGUGGAAAGUGAUUACACACUUGUCUACUUUCACUAUGGAUUAAACAGUCGAAACAAGCCAUCUCUGAGCUGGUUGCAAAGUGCCUACAAAGAAUUUGAGAGGAAAUACAAGAAAAAUCUGAAAGCGCUCUACAUUGUACAUCCCACCAACUUCAUCAGGAUCAUUUGGAACAUUUUCAAACCUCUGAUGAGUCACAAGUUUGGAAAAAAGGUGUUCUAUUUGAAUUACUUAAGUGACUUGAAAGACCACCUGAAAUACGAACAUUUGAGUAUCCCCGAAGAAGUGAUCCGACAUGAUGAAAAUCUUCGGAUGAAACAGAAGAGCAGAUCCCUUCCUCCAGCAAAAUGUCCUCCACCACGGCCUCCUCUUCCAACACAGCAGUUUGGAGUCAGCCUCCAUUACCUCAGUGCUAAAAACAAAGGGGAAUUAAUCCCACCUGUAAUGAAUCACACAGUGGCUUACUUGAAAAAAAAAGGACUUAAAACGGAAGGUCUGUUUCGAAGAUCAGCUGGCAUCAAAAGUAUUCAGGAGAUUCAAAAACUUUACAAUCAAGGAAAAUCUGUUGAUUUUGAUGAAUAUGGAGAUAUUCACAUCCCUGGAGUACUCCUGAAGGCUUUUCUCCGAGAACUCCCCGAACCUUUACUGACCUUCCCAAUGUACGAUCAGAUCAUUCAAAUCACUAGUGUGGAAAGUAGCUUGCGAGUGGCCAGAUGCAAAGACAUUGUACACAGACUUCCUGAGCACAAUUAUGUGGUGCUGAAGUUUCUGAUGUGUUUUCUCCACAUGGUGUCACAGGAAACUAUUUUCAACAAAAUGACCAGUUCUAAUCUCGCUUGUGUCUUUGGCCUGAAUUUAAUCUGGCCACCCAAUACUGCACCAUCCUUCAGCACAUUGGUGCCUAUCAAUCUUUUUGUUGAGUUGUUGAUCGAUUUCUAUCCCAUAAUCUUCAGUUCACGAAACGUGCCUGGCGAACGCUUGCCUUGAAAAUCAAAAGAAAGAGGACUGUAAGGAACCCACCCUACCCCUCCUUCCCACACUCUUCCAUGCAAGGCCGGACGAUGAAUUCCCAUGUUACAAGGCAAGUACAGUAUUGGAGGAGGAGAGCCGUGUUGGUUUAUG